AUGCCAUGCCGAUCACAGAGAGCAGCCACGCCGCAACGUCAAAGACGAAGUUCGCCCGCGGGGAUCAGGGCGCUUGUCCACCUCCAGCGUCGACCUUGCUCGUCGCAUGCCCGCGCCACCGGCACCGCCGAACCGGCACCGAAGCCUCCAGCAGACCACCGCAAGCUCGGAAUCCAACAGGAGCUCUUCACCACCUCCGUCUACAGCCCAGGCUCCCCGAUCCUCCUCCCCAACGGCGCCCGCAUCUUCAACCGCCUCGUCGACUUCCUCCGCAAGCAGUACGUCCGCUAUGGCUUCGAGGAGGUCAUCACGCCCACCAUCUACAAAAAGUCCCUCUGGGCAAAGUCCGGCCACCUCGAGAACUACGCCGACGACAUGUUCACCGUGACCAGCACCUCCCCUUCUCGGGCAGACCCAGCUGCUGCCGGGUCCACCGCCGAGGACGAGGAGUAUGGGCUCAAGCCCAUGAAUUGUCCGGGCCACUGCCUCAUCUUUGCCUCGCAGCGGCGCAGCUACCGCGACCUCCCGAUACGAUAUGCAGACUUCUCCCCGCUGCACCGUAACGAAAUCUCCGGCGCGCUUAGCGGCAUGACCCGUGUCCGUCGGUUUCACCAGGACGACGGGCACAUCUUUUGUCGGCCGGUGCAGAUCGAGGAAGAGAUUAAAAAGACGCUAGAGUUUGUGCGGGUAGUCUAUUCCACGUUCAAACUCGGACCAUAUAGACUGGCCCUGUCGACACGGCCAGCGGACCACUUCAUCGGCAGCGAGGAGGACUGGGCGAGCGCCGAGGGCGCCCUGAAGCGUGCUCUGGAUGCGUCUGGCCAGGAGUGGACCAUCAACGAAGGGGACGGCGCGUUCUACGGCCCCAAGAUUGACAUUGUCCUGCGUGACUCGGAUGGCAAGGAGCACCAGACUGCCACGAUCCAGCUCGACUUCCAGCUGCCGAAGCGCUUCGAGCUAGAGUACACAGCUCCUGCCCCCGAAUUCGAGCGGCGAGGGGAGGUCACCACCGAUGCGGAAAAGCUUGCCGACUAUGGCCCUGUACGGCCUGUCCUCAUCCACCGCGCCGUUCUGGGGUCCGUGGAGCGGCUGAUGGCGCUGCUCGUCGAGCACUAUGACGGAAAGUACCCGUUCUGGCUGAACCCGCGCCAGGUCAUGAUUCUUACCGUCAACGACAGCGAGCCGGUGGUGGACCUGGCAAACGCCACGAAAGACACACUGCUUGGCCGGGGCGGCAGUGCCGACGCGCCGCUGUCCAACCCUACGCUCUUCGCGGUGGACAUUGACAGCAGCAGCCGCAGUCUGCAGCUCAAGCUGCGCGAGGCAAAGUCCAAGGGGUACGGGGUUGUUGUCACCGUCGGUCCAAGGCAAGUGCCCAAGGGCACAAUCACGGUGGAUCUCGGACGGCUAGACUCACGCGAAGACGUCGUUGUUGCGGGCACAGCGGGCAACAAGAAGCAGCUACACCAAGAAAUGACGCCAAAGGAGCUUUUGGAUAUCUUGAAGGCGAAGACGGACGCUUAUCAAUAG